AUACACACUCCCCCACCUCAAGAAGGGAGAAGAAGAACAAGACCAGCAGCAGGUGAGGGGAAAAAAAAGGAAGGAAGGAAGGAAGGAAGGAAGGCAGAUAUCAUUAUAGAACAACAAUGUCGGUGGGGCUGACAGCAGCGACAAUGCCGCCGGUGGUGAAGAAAGUGGUGAUGUUGUUGACGAUGGUGACGGCGGGGGUGGUGCUGAGCGGGGGCGUGGGUGAGGGGGCGACGCUGGCGAUGUACAACAAGUGCAGGGAGACGGUGUGGCCGGGGAUACAGCCGGGGGCGGGGAAGGCGGUCGUGGCCAGAGGCGGGAUGCGCCUGCAGCCGGGCACGGCCACCUCGGUGCGCUGCGCGCGGCCUGGUCGGACGGGUCUGGGGCCGCAGGGCUGCGCUCGACCCCGCACCGGCCGGGCGGCCUGCGCCACCGGCGACUGCGGCGGCUCCCUCUUCUGCGACGGCGCGGCGGCUCCCCCCCGCACCCUCGCGAGGAUCCCCUCGCCCAGACCCCGCCAGUCCCAGGACUUUUACGACGUGAGCCUCGUCGACGGCUACAACAUCCCGAUGUCGAUGACGCCGUUCCGGGGGACGGGGGGCCGGUGCGCGUCGGCGGGGUGCGUCAGCGACCUCAACGAGGUGUGCCCCGCGGGGCUCGCGGUGCGCGGCGGCGCCGACAACCGGGUGGUGGCGUGCAAGAGCGCGUGCUCGGCGUUCGGGGCGCCGCAGUACUGCUGCACGGGCAGCUACGGCAGCCCGCAGCAGUGCAAGCCGACCGCGUACUCGCGGCUGUUCAAGACCGCCUGCCCGAAGGCCUACUCCUACGCCUACGACGACCCCACCAGCAUCCAAACCUGCGGCGCCGGCGCCAGCUACAUCGUCACAUUCUGCCCCCAUUACCGCUGAGCGCGAACAAUUACUAUUUAGGUCUAGUUUGGAAUUGCGUUGCCGAAAGGUGCCCAUUUUUAUAUUUCGAAUGACCAACACAAUCAAAAUGCUAUAAAAUGGUAGUAGGAACUCCCACCACAGAUGAAGCAAGCGGUUAACAUUUUGUUGGUCUUUUGAAAUAUAAAAGCGGAUACUUUUGACGACGACCUAGUUUCAAACUAGGCCUUAGAUCUAGUUUGAAAAUGUGUUCUCUCGACGCAACGACCUUAAUACUUUAUUAGAGCACAAAAAAAAAAAAAAAAAAAUCAUAGAUACUUUAUAUUUUCUAUGCUUUUUAAUGGAUAAUAUUGCAAAAAUGUUAUAAAAUGGCUGCGAAAAUAUCUACUAGAGUCAUGUUUUAUUGUCAAAUUAAUGCUUCUUUAGUCUUAGAUUUUUGUAGCCAUGAGGUUUUUAAGUCUAAGUAAACUUUAGAGCGUAAUUUAAGAGGUUUUUUCGAAAAAACUCUAUUGCUCUAAAGUAUUAAAGUAGUUGCGUAGGGAGAAUACAUUUACAAACUAUGUCUUAGUAUUGGUAAUUUGUAGUAAAUUAUAGUGUUAAUUAGCAUUGUAGUUUUAAUUACUAUAUACUGAGAAAUGUUAGAACUUGUUUACUAUGGACCUGAUCUUAUCUACUACCACUGGUAGGCCUUAAUAUCUUUGAUUAA